CCCAAAGUGGACAUCUUCUUCUGCGAACUUUUCCUUGUUUCUUCCCCUUAAAUUACACCUCUUUAUUUCCUCAUCUUUUCACUCUCAUUCAUUGAUUGUUCUCUUCAAACCCACAAAGAAAACCCAUUUUGGCUGCAGAUUUCUAUGCCCAUUCUGAUCUGGGUUUGUGGUCAAAGGAGGAAACUUUACUCAAAUUUCAUUCCUGUUUCCUUGUUAUUCCGUCAUUGGAAGCAUAAUUUGGAACAUUUGGGUAUAAAAACCCAUUUAGAUUAUGCAAUUGUAGAUUGAUUUCCAUUUGGGUGUCUUUUGCUGGGUUGAAAUUUGGAGAGUACCGCUUCGUUUUGGUUGUUCGGGCCAUGGAUGAUGAAUCGAAAGCUGUGGCUAUUACCGGUAAGAUCACGGUUAUAGCUAUAAUUGUACUCUUCUUGGUGGUUGUCUUCGUUCUUGUCCUCCAUCUGUAUGCGAAAUGGUUCUGGUGGCGUAUGGAGGAACCCCCUCCUCCUCGCCGGCGGCGGCGCGGAUUUGUCUUUGCUCCUGGGCAAGAGACUUCCCUCUCUGUCCGUGCUUCCAAGGGCCUAGAUUCCGCCGUCCUCGCAUCUCUUCCCCUGCUCGUGUUUCGCCAAGAAGACUUCAAGGACGGACUGGAGUGUGCGGUUUGCUUGUCUGAGCUUGAGGAAGGGGAGAAAGCGAGGCUGCUGCCGAAAUGUAACCAUGGGUUCCAUGUCGACUGCAUCGACAUGUGGUUCCAAUCGCACUCCACUUGUCCCAUUUGCCGGAAUCCUGUCACCGGUUUAGAGCGUGAGAAUACUUCUUCUGUGGAUUCGUUAGAUGUUCAUCCCGAGUCUCCCCAUGAAAGUUCAUCUUCAUCAGGGCAUUCAACAGAAUCUCCUAGUUUCCCUACUAAUAUUUUGUUUUGGGGGAACGAAACUCAGGUAAGCAGCGUCGGUGCUUGUUUGGAAGAGGCCAUUUCCACCUCCACCUCUACUUCGUCCCCCUCUUUUGCUUCCUCUUCCUUGCCUUCCGUUAGUAGCAGACCGGAGGGGAUGCUCGUCAUUGAUGUUCCUAUGAAUCUGAAUGAGAGUCUGACCGAGGGAGAAUCAAAGUCCCCAAUGCCUACAAGAUUGAGGUCAUUGAAAAGACUUUUGAGCAGGGACAAAAGAAUUGCUCCUAGUAGCUCUAGUACUGGUUCUGUUGAUGUUUGAGUACAAAGGAGAAGAGGUUUCGUCCCCGAUAUGUGCUUAUAUUCCCAGUAAAAAUGAGGAUUAUCAAGCUGCAAUCUUGUAUGUCUUGUUUUUUUACCUCAAUGAUUGAAUUGGGCAUUUGAGAAAUAUGCUGUUGAAGGAAUGCUGUUGUAUUCUGUAUUUGCGCAGGGUGAGUUUAUCAGCUUCUGCAGAUGGUGUGUUUCUUUAAAGAUUCAUCAAUUGAUGAAGUAUUAAUGAAACUCUGCAAAAUUA